UCAAGACACAAUUCACCGUGAGUCGUUGCUGGUAUAACUGGUACUUACGCUGUCAGAACAAACGGGUGCACCAAGUUUACGAUAGUUUUUCAACAGCCGGUCUUGAAAUAUUGUUGUGUUUUCGGUUAAAAUUGUUCAAUAAUGGCCAACAACAGAGCAACCAAAAGCGGAUUUGCAGCAGAAGCUCAAAGAAAGGUUAACGCUAAAUACAGCGAAGAAUUGGCACAUGAAAGUUUAGAAUGGAUUGCAGUGAUCACGGAAAAUCCUAUCAACACUGCUGGCGACAUGGACAACUUUUAUGAAGUACUCAAGGAUGGACAAGUGCUCUGCAACCUUAUAAACUGUAUCAAACCUGGCAUGAUCAAGAGGAUAAAUACAAGUGCUAUGGCCUUCAAAUGUAUGGAGAACAUAAAUGCAUUUUUGGAUGCGGCAAGAGAAUUAGGAGUACCUGCACAGGAAACAUUCCAAACAGUCGACCUGUGGGAGAGACAAAAUCUCAAUUCAGUUGUCAUAUGUUUGCAGUCCUUGGGAAGAAAAGCUGGAAACUAUGGUAAACCUAGCAUUGGACCAAAAGAAGCAGAAAAACAGGAAAGGCAGUGGUCAGAAGAGAAACUCAAAGCAGGUCAAACAAUUAUUGGCCUACAAAUGGGAAGCAACAAAGGUGCCAACCAAUCUGGAAUCAAUUUUGGAAACACCAGACAUAUGUGAAUUUAUUAGCAUUCCAGUUUAUGCAGUAGGGAUCUAUGAAGAAUUUUGUGGAUUUUCUUCUUUAAAUUAUUACAUUUCCAAAUUCUUCCAGGAGGCGCUAUUGACUUAGGAUGUAGGAAUUACAUUUCAUUCCAUGGUUAAAUUUAAGAGACAAACUUUUGAAGAUUAGAAGGAAGUUAUUUUUGUAAUGUUAUGAUUCGUGAUGAAAAUGAAGAAUAUAUUUUUUAAAUUUAUGAUAGUAGGGAAACUUUUCCUUGAUAUAUAAAUAUAUAACUUGUUCUCUCAUG